AUGGCUGCGACUUCCGGUCGUCAUGCGCUAAUUAAUUCACCGUCUGAAAGUAAUUCUCAAGCAAAACUAAUGAAUGAGCACCAAAUUGCUGUUCAUGUCCUUGCACAAUCUCCUAAAACGGCUAACAAUCGUGCAAAAGCCUCGGAAUUAUUAGAGUUUUGUCAAAUGCUUACUUUAAAAAGGUUAUUCCGAUUAAUAGGAUUUAGUAUUGCUACGUAUCCAUUAGCUUAUUUUAUUGCUGCGGCAAUAAUGACAUCCUUAUCAGGUGGUAUUUAUUUUUUAAAAAUGGAAGAUCGUGUUCGAGAUGGCUACACACCAACGACUUCAUCGUCAAGAUACGAAACUGAUGUUCUCAGGGAAUUUCUACAAUCAGUUGGUGACCCAACACUUACAACAGUUGCGCUACGUUCACGAGAUGGCGGUUCAAUGCAUCGCCUUAGGCAUUUGAAGGAAGCAGUACGUCUUCAUUCAUUUUUGAUGAGCAAUUUAACUGUUAAUUUAUCCACUCCAGAUCAACAGAUCACAUAUGAUUCUAUAUGUGGGUCCUACUGUAAUACAAAUGUCGUCAUUGAAUAUUUUUACCGUGCCUUAUUGGAUGAAAUCAAUCGCUAUAAAAUGGGUAAGCGAAAAUCGCAAUUAAUGAAUCUUUCAUAUCCGAUUGCCAAAAUUGAAGGAUUUGAUGUUCAUCUGGAAAGAAGUUUUUAUGGAGUCAAACUUCGACAAGAUCAUAUUCAAGCUGCUAAACGAAAUACAACAGUAUAUAGUUCUGAAUCUGAAUUGCAGUUGCUUUCCAAUGUCACAAAUAUUGAAUAUUUGUAUAUUAUUCUUAUGAUAUUUCGUGGGGAUAUUCCAUCAGUUGAGAUGGAAGCAAAAUUGAACGCUUGGGAAUUGGCUGUUUAUAAUUUCGCAACUAAUGAUUAUUCAAAUCCAGAUGUUGAGAUGCUCGUUCUUGGAGCUGAAAUAGUUAAUCACGAACUUAUUAAAGAUUCUCAAAAAAUGGCUCCAUAUUUCAUUGCAGGAUUCCUUGCAAUGUUCAUAUUUGUCGCUGUCACAAUCAUUGGAAGUGCUUUAUUCAAAGGUAUCAUGGAUCCAGCAAAGCUAAUUGUCGCAAUCGGAGCAACAGUUUGUCCCAUAUUAGCAAUUACUGUAACUUUCGGUUUGUGUGCACUUGCUAAUCUCAGGACUAAUACUAUCAUGCUCAUUAUGCCUUUUUUAAUUAUGGGUAUAGGUGUCAACGAUGCUUUCUUGCUGAUCCAUGCGUGGCAACGGCUGUCAAAUGAUAACAUUGUAAGGCAAAGGCUCGGUUUGGUUUUAGAAGAAAGUGGUCCAUCUAUAACUAUUUCUACUCUUACUAACGUUAUAUCGUUUGGCAUUGGUGCAUUAACUCCGACUCCUGAAAUAUCAUUAUUUUGUAUGGCAACAGCAAUGGCCCUAGGUUUUGCAUAUAUAUUCACUCUUGUACUGUUUGGACCUGUGUUGUAUUUGGCUAGCAUUAUCGAGGGAAAACGGAAGAGAACGCGAAAUUCAUCUCAGGUAUUAUCCUGGGUAAAGACCGGCUUAAAAAUUUAUUGCCGAGUAAUAACUCAUAGGAUAUUUGGUUUUGCUUUGUUGAUCGGAUCUGUAAUUUAUUGGUAUUUUGGUAUAAUGGGUACAUUCAAUAUAAACACACGUCUUGAUGUUCAAAAGCUUUUACCGAAAAAUUCACCUCUUCAAGAGGCGAAUAAUGUUGUUUCUAAUUUCGUAUGGACUGAAUAUUAUCCAGUAACUGUUCUCAUUAAUAGCCCAUUGGAUAUACGAGAAAAAUCAGUUAUGGAUGAUUUCAUUGGAAUGCUAAGUGAUUUUGAAUCUAUGGAAAAAUGUCGAGGUCAAGAUUUUACGUUACUGUGGUAUCGCGAUUAUUUAGUAUAUUGGAAUCAGUCAAUUUUAUAUGAUUUCGAUUUUUAUGAAGAUGAAAAUGCUAAGAUAACAACUGUUGUACCUAUCGUUGAUUCUACUAAGACAGGUCUUGAUUAUAGCAAACUGGAGCUUUUCUUGCGGUCACCAUUAUAUGCACACUGGAAUACUUUCAUGAAAUUAGGGUACUUUUGUAAUGAUACUAAAAUGCCAGUGGAGAGAUUCUGGUUUACUGUCGCCUAUCACAAUUCAUCUUCUUGGGCUGAUCGCAUUGAAUUAAUGGAAAAUUGGAGAGAAAUCGCGCAUUCAUAUCCCAGCCUUAAUGCUACAGUUUGGGAGGCGAAUUCAAUGUUUGUCGAUCAAAUGUUGUCGCUUAAGAUGCUCACUUUACAGUCUGCUAUUUGGACAUUUUUAUGUAUGACCGCAGUAUGUAUACUUUUUAUACAAAACCCAAUAAGCGUGAUCACUGCUUCAAUGGCCAUACUCUCGAUAAGAGUCGUUGGCUAUCUGUCGUGGUGGCAUCUCGAUCUUGAUCCAGCCACAUUUUGCGCGGUAUUAAUGUCGAUUGGAAUGUCUGUCGAUUUUACUGCGCAUAUCUCUUAUCAUUUCCAACUAAAUCAUAAGAAGGAAAUACGAGAUGGUCGAAUUGUAAAAGUUGGUUUGAAGCAAAAUCGUGAGAGGUUAGAAUUUACUUUGGGAUGCGUUGCAUGGCCAAUGCUUCAGGCCGGAUUGAGCACUGUUGUCUGCAUCUUGCCACUCAUCUUUCUUCAGAAUUACAUACCGUUGGUAUUCGUAAAAACUAUAUCAUUGGUCGUUAUUUGGGGUCUUUUUCAUGGUCUCGUCCUUUUGCCUGCUUUCUUAUCAUUAAUACCGCACUUUUUAAUAGAAAUUAACUGCUAUCGUGCUAUUUUUAAUCAGAAUUGGCCGAAUUCUCGUGAGCUUGUUAUUCGGGAACCUCUUGAUGAACAAAGCAUUGUCAAUUAUCCAGUACGAGCAGAUACAUGUUUGCUUUCAGUUAACAGCGAUUAG